UAAUAUAUGUAAAUGCUACAAAAAAUGGUACAAGCGGCGGAAGUAAACCAAACCGAAUGGAUAUUCAGCUGAUAAAUGUUUUAAGCAUUUGGGGCACAUUGGUGCUUAGACUGAGAAAAGGCGCUUAUCAACAUAACCGAUGCUAUACAAAUAUUUUACACACUUAACAAUUGUGUAGAAAUUUAGAAUUUGCGUGUUGUAUUAUUGUUAGAAAAAUCUAUAUAUUUAUAUACAUACAACAAAAUAUAAUAAUAAAGCCACAGCUACAAAAAAUCAAAGCAAAUUGAUAAGCUACACAACAACAAUAAGGAUACAGCGACACAACAACUGCAAAAUACACAAUUUGGGAUAUCUCCGCAUAACAACAACAAUCACAAUUCAUUGGAAUUGUUUUGGAUAUUAGCUACACAAACAACAACAAAAACAAAACAAGAAACUAAAUUUUCGCUGUUUGACAGAGCGACAAACCGACCAAUAAUAACAAAAACUGAACGUUAUACAAAACAAAUCAAUAUACACCAACACUGAAUCUGUAACUAAGAUAAAUUGGCAAAUUCAAAAUGCCAACUGAACUGAAUUCGCAGCAACAACAAAAGCAACAAUAAACUGACAUCUGGAGAAGCCGCGACACCGGCAAGUGGUGUUGAAGACAAUUUGCUGAGCAUGCAACGGAAACAAAAGCCAAGAGCAGCCGUCGAAGAAGCAGUAGCAGCAGCAGCAGCAGCAGCAGCAGCAGCAGCAUCAGCAGCCGCAACAGCAUCAAUAGCCGUUAAUAGAAUAAAGGAACAGACCUGCAGCAACUGCAGCAAUUGCAGCAGGACGACAAGCAACAGUAGCGGUAGUAAUAUCAGGAUUAGCAGGAGGAGCAGGCCCAGCAAUAGAAGGCCAAACACAAACUUCUCCAUUUCUCGAGCAGUGCAUCAUCAUUGGCUGCUUUGAGCAGCGGGGCGAACAGAACAGGACGUGUGAGCAGGACGAGACGGCCCCGGGCGUGUGUGCUGCGGUUGUGGUGUGUGUGCGUCGGCCGUCUCAGUCAACAACUUGAGGAGCAUAAACAAAAAUAGCAGCAGCAACAUCAUCAUCAUAAUUCACUCAUUGAUCUAAUUAUCAACAACAAUCAAGAACAAGCAAGCACUAUUAGAUAAAGGUACAUCAAGAACAAUGUCAUCCAACGAACCACCGCCACGUUAUGAGCCCACUGUGGAGCCCAUCAAUGGUAUUGUACAGCCGCCGGUUGUGCCGCCACAGGACCGACCGGGACGGAAUACAAAUCAAUUGCAAUAUUUGAUUAAAACAGUCAUGAAGGUCAUUUGGAAACAUCAUUUCUCGUGGCCCUUUCAACAGCCGGUCGAUGCCAAGAAACUGAACCUGCCCGAUUAUCACAAGAUAAUCAAACAGCCAAUGGACAUGGGUACGAUUAAGAAGCGCUUGGAGAAUAACUACUAUUGGUCGGCGAAGGAGGCCAUUCACGACUUCAAUACCAUGUUCACCAAUUGCUAUGUGUACAAUAAGCCCGGCGAGGAUGUUGUUGUGAUGGCCCAAACCCUGGAGAAGGUCUUUCUGCAGAAGAUCGAAUCGAUGCCCAAGGAGGAGAUCGAGCUGGAGCCUGUCACGGCAAAGGGUGGCAAAAAGAAGCAACGUGCACCAGCCACAUCCAAGGCCGCCAAUAGUAGUGCCAUCUCAUCGGGCAGCGGCGCCGGCAGUGGCGUUGGCAGCACUAGUGCGCCGGCAGCAACAGCGACCAGCACAUCGACAACAGCCGGUGGGAAGGCAGCGCAAUCCUCACAGCUGACCCAGAUGAGCGGCCUGUCCCAGUCAUCUGGAGCGGGCGUCUCGACGCCAACGUCAGCGGCCGCACAGGCGGCAGCAGCAGCGGCAGCCAUUCAAGCAGCAGCUGUUGCGGCCGCCGCAGCAGCAGCCAACGCCCGACCUGUCUCCGCCAUGGGCGGCACGGUUUCAUCAACAGCCGGAGGCGUUACACCGUCCAUACCACCGAUAAGCACAAUGCCGCCGCAUACGGUGCCAGGCAGCACGAACACAACGACCACUGCGGCGAUGGCAGCGGCAGCGGCUGCCGCAGCGGGGGCGGGGGCGGGGCCGGGCGCAACAAAUGCAGCUGUGCUUAAUGCGGCCAUGGCCAGCCUACUGAAUCCUGCGCAAAGCGGCGGCGGCAACAGCUACGGUGCAGCCGGCCAACAGACAUCGAUCAACAACAGCUCCCUGCUCGACGCCAAUGCGGCGACAACGGCUGCGGCAGUCGCCCAAGCACAGGCGGCAGCAGCGGCCGCCGUCGCAGCAGCUGCCCUGGACGGAGCCGGCGGUGUGACAAUACCGUCGGCUGCUGUCAAUGCAGCCAAUGCGGUGCAAGCGUACGUGAAUAGUACGGCGGGCGUCGGUGUUGGGGUUGUGGAUGCCGUGAUACCCCCACAGCAGCCGGCCAAAAUGAAGAAGGGCGUCAAGCGGAAGGCGGACACAACGACGCCGACGGCGAAUGCCUUUGAAUCGCCUUACGCCCAAAUGGAUGCCAAGGCGGCCAAAAUAGCGACGCGGCGGGAAUCGAAUCGUCAGGUAAUUGGCAAAAAGGGCUCGGGCUAUCCAAUGUCACCGUUGGGUGUGGCUGGUGUGCCUGGUCUGGUUGCCGGCGGCGCCAUUGGGGGCGUUGCUGGUGCCAAGUCGAAGGAGAAACUAUCGGAUGCACUUAAAUCAUGCAAUGAGAUACUCAAGGAGCUAUUCUCCAAAAAGCACUCCGGCUAUGCCUGGCCCUUCUACAAGCCCGUCGAUGCUGAGCUGUUGGGGCUGCACGACUAUCACGAUAUCAUCAAGAAGCCCAUGGAUUUGGGCACCGUUAAGCGUAAAAUGGACAAUCGCGAAUAUAAGAGCGCGCCGGAAUUUGCGGCCGAUGUGCGAUUAAUAUUCACCAAUUGCUACAAAUACAAUCCGCCAGAUCAUGAUGUCGUUGCGAUGGGCCGCAAGCUGCAGGAUGUCUUCGAGAUGCGAUACGCGAAUAUACCCGAUGAGCCCGUUGCGAAUGCGGCGCAUCAUCAUCACGGCUAUUCGAGCACGUCAAAGCAUGAUGCAAGCGAUUCAUCAAGCGAGGAAUCGAGCGAUUCGGAAAACGAAUCGAAUUCGGAUGAGGAGCGCAGUGCCAAGCUGAAGAUGCUCGAAUCGAAGCUGCUCGGCCUGCAGGAGGAGAUACGUAAGCUGGUGGAGGAGGCGUCCGCUAAGAAGAAGGCYAAGAAAAAGCUGAAAGAGAAGAAGAAGAGCAUGGGCCAGGGCAGUGCCAGCGCAGCCGGUGGUGGCAGUGGUGCUGGCGGCGCCGGUGGCCAUCAUCAGCAUGCGGCCAGCGCUGGUAAUGCCAGCCAUGGCGGCGUCACAUUACCCACCAAUGUGGCUGGACUGAAUGCUGGCGGUGCGGCGGGCGCCAAUUUGUCGGCCCUGUUGAACAGCUCGCUGGUGGGUGCCGGCGGAGUGGGCGUGGCAGGCGGAGUACCCGGUGCGGCAACACUGCAGCACGUCCACGACGUGGCCAUGGCGAUUAGCCAGCUGACGGGCGGCGGUGCCGCUGGCGGAGCGGGCUAUGCGGCCGGCGUCAAUUCAGCCGGCGUGGCGGCUGGCGGAGGCAAGGCGGCGGCUGGUGCACUAGCGGGCGCAUUGGCAGCUGGGGCGGCUGCCGGUGCCGGCGGUGCAGGCGGCGGCAGCGGAAGCGGUGGCAGUAAAGGUGCUAAGGUCAAGGGACAGCGCGGCGGCAAAGGUGGCGCAGGCGUUGCUGCCGGCAAUGCAGCGAGCGGUGCGGCUGCUGGUGCGGCUGGCAUUGGAGCGGGUGGCGCCUCUGCUGGCGGUGGCAGCGGUGCCGGCGGCGGUGGCAGCGGCGCCAGCAACAGUGCGAAACGCACCAAGAGCAGCAGCAACGCCAGCGCUGGAGCUGGCGCUAAUGCCGGUGGUGCCAGCGGCGGUGCCGGUGCCCGUGGCAGCAGCAAAAAGAAGCCCAGCCAGGUGAUGAACUUUGAUUCCGAGGAGGAGGACACUGCCAAGCCAAUGUCCUACGAUGAGAAGCGACAGCUCUCCCUUGACAUUAACAAAUUGCCAGGCGACAAGCUGGGACGUGUGGUACACAUUAUACAAAAUCGUGAGCCAUCGCUGCGCGACUCGAAUCCGGAUGAGAUUGAGAUCGAUUUCGAGACACUGAAGCCGUCGACGCUGCGCGAGCUUGAAAGCUAUGUGGCGUCGUGUUUGCGCAAAAAAACACGUAAGCCAUAUUGUAAGUUUGUAACUAAACCGAGACCACAACAAGAACAAGAACAAGAUAAAGAUAAAGAUAAAGACAAAGACAACGACAAAGACAAAGACAAAACUAAUAUUGAAUAUCGUAAAAUUUCAGGCGAUGCUGACGAUCGACCACCGCGCAAGAAAAAAGCACGUGAUCCGCAAAGUAUGAUAGGCAGUAUGAUGACGAGUUUGCCAACGGCGCAACAGCAUCAGCAAAUGCAAAUGCAUCUGGAACAUGUGGAUCAGCUUCUGAACACCAUGCAGGAUGUCACCACGCCCACACAUCAAAUGAAUACCCUGUUGAGCAAUGCCAAUACGAUGGUCGCAGCGGCCAUGAUGAACAACAACAAUAAGACGGCGCCGAGUGGCGGCAGCUUCGAUCCGGGCAAUAUGUUGCAUUCGUCGGGCCAUCAUAAGAACGGGGUGGCCGCAAUGAAUACGACGGCGUCCGCUGCUGCUAGAAUACCGCCGCAUGGCUAUGGCGGAGCAGCGGCAGCUGGCGCUGCUGCGCAGGCGGCGGGCAGCGUGGGUGGCAUACGGAUAGCUAGCAAUCUGCACAAGCAGCCCGAGGCGAGCGAUCACCAUGCGGCGCUGGCAGCGGCGCUCGCUUCCACCGGCAACAAUAGUAGUAGCAAUGCCAACAAUAACAACAACAACAACAACAGCAAUGCGGGCAUGGGCGUUAACGAUGGCCUGUCGAGCGCCUCGCUAGCCGCCGGCCUCAAGCAGAUACCGCAAUUCGAUGAUCCCGUGGAGCAGUCGCUGGCCUCCUUGGAGUUUAGCGCCUCCUCCACGGGCAAGUCCUCACUCACGGAUAACUUUUUAAUGGCCCACCAGGCGCACCUGAUGCAGCAGCCGGGCGGCAAUCAGCAGCAGACGGCGCAGCAGCAACAGCAAUUCGCCCUGCAGCAGCAACAACAGCAGCAGCAACAGCAACAACAGCAGCAGCAGCAGCAACAGCAAAUGGACUACAUGACCGAGCUGCUGACGAAGAGCGUGGAGAACGUGGCCGGCAUGAAUGGCAACCAUUUGCUGAACAACAGCCUCUUCAAUCUGGACAUGGCCACGGCUGCCUACCAGCAGAAGCAGCACGGCCAUCAGACGCAACAGCAGCAACAGCAACAGCAGCAGCAACAGCAGGCGCACAACAAUGGCUACAAUGUGACCGACUUUAGUGGGAUGGCUGGCUUCGAUAAUCUCAAUAUGUCCUCGUCCAGCUUGCUGGAUCAUACGAUGCCAAUGGCCAUGAUGAUGGGUAAUGCGGGUGGCAAGCUGAAGGAUGGUGACCAGCAGCAGCAGCAGCAAUUGCAGCAGCAGCAACAGCAGCUCCACCAGCAGCAGCAACAGUUGCAGCAGCAGCAGCAGCAGCUGCAGCAGCAGCAACAUCAUCACCAACAGCAGCAGCAGCAGCAACACCACCAUCAACAGCCGCAGCAGCAACAACAUCAGGUCGGCAGUCAGGCGGCCAACAAAAUGCUAAUCAUACCGAAGCCCAUCGAAUCGAUGAUGCCCAGCCCGCCCGACAAGCACCAGUUGCAGCAGCAGCAGCAGCAACAACARCAGCAGCAACAUCAGAAAGUGCUGCCACCACAGCAAUCGCCCUCCGAUCUGAAGAUGCACGGCGUUGGUGCACACGCCGGCUUCCCGGUGUUCAAGACUGUUGAACAGAAUCUAAAGAAUGCCAGCUCCUGGUCGUCGCUGGCAUCGGCCAGCUCGCCGCAGAACACGGCGACAACGUCGAGCAAGCCCAAGCCGGCCAUGGACUCGUUCCAGCAAUUCCGCAACAAAGCCAAAGAACGUGAUCGCCUCAAGCUGCUCGAAGCGGCCGAGAAGGAGAAGAAGCACCAGAAGGAAGCUGCCGAGAAGGAACAGCAGCAGCAGCGCAAGCAUCACAAGUCCUCCUCAUCCUCGUCGGCUGCGUCAGCGGCGGCGGCUGCUGCUGCUGCCGCUGCCGCGGCAGCGUCGGCAACACAGGCGGCGGCUGCUGCUGCGCUCGCCAAUGUGGCUGGCAAUCCAGCCAGUGUUGGCAGCAGCAACAGUAACAGCAACAACAACAAUAACAACGGCAACAACAACAGCAGCAACAACAAUGCCGGCAACUCGGGCGCUCAGUCGGGCUCGCAGAGCAGCGGGGAACGCGACCGGGCGAGCAGCAGUGCCACAGAUGCAUCGCGCAUCGGCAGCAGCAGCGGCGGCAACAACAGCAGCAACUCGGCCAACAGCAAUGGACCUGGCAGUGCCGGCAGCGGCAGCGGUGGUGCUGCUGGCGGUGGCGCCAAUAGCGGUGGCAGCGCCAGUGGCGGACAUUUGGCCAACACCGGCAGCAAUAGCAACAGCGGCGGCGGCAUCGGUAGCGGUGCGGCCAGCAGCAACAGCAACAGCAGCCUUGGCGGCAACAUUGGCACCGGCUCCAGCAGCCAGGGCGGCGGCAACAGCAGUGGUGCAGGCGGUGGCGGCGGCAGUGCGGCUAGCGGCAGCAACGGCAGCAAUCUGGGCAUUGGUGGUGGCGCCUCAAUUGGUGGCGCUGCCUCCGGCAAUGGCCAUCAGUCCGCCAGCAGUGCCCAGGCUCAGCAUGCGGCAGCGGCGGCUGCAGCUGCAGCGGCAGCGGCACAAGCCACCGCAGCGGUCUCUGCCUCAGUGCUGGCUGCCUCACCACUGGGUGCCAUGGAAAGUGGACGGAAAAGCGUGCACGAUGUUCAGCCACAGAUAACGCGCAUGGACGACAUUAAGGCGUCGCCGGGUCAGGGACAGAAUUCGCCGGCGCAGCAAUCGCCGCAGGAUCGUGCAGCUGCCAAACGUGCGGAGCAGCGACGCGCCGAACAGGAGAGACGCAGACGCGAGGCGAUGGCUGGACAAAUUGAUAUGAACAUGCAGAGCGAUCUCAUGGCCGCCUUUGAGGAGACUCUGUAGGCAACGGCCGCGACGGCUGCGUCGUCGACAAGCAGAUCCCACAGCAAGUCCCACAGCGGUGGCCACAGAUUGCAUACACAUAGGCGUCGGUCGCAUCACCACAGAAAACACCGUGAAUAAAACAAGAACAACAAAAACAACAACAACAAAUAUGACAACUAAUGGGAAAAAAGGACAACACUAAAGCGUUGACAACAGCAAGGCAAGGCUGGCACAACAACAACAACAACAACAGUAGCAACAAAAAAAUUAAAUCAUAAGGAGUGCGCGUACAAGCGAAACACGGCAACAGCAACAACAACAACAACAACAACAUCGACAAUGUUAUAAUUGUUAAACAUAAGCAAUGUUCGAAGUAAUUAUAAUUAUGUUA